AUCCAACAAAUUCGUUCAUUCCCUCUCCUAUUCCCCAUCUAAUCUAAUAAUGCUAUGUCUAUAAAGUGAUCAUAGACCCACCGGGCCCAUUUCCGGGCCCUACACCUCCUUAUUUCCUUUGUUUAAAUAGGCCCAACCACCUCACUUGUCCAACAUACACCCACAGUUUCUUCACUACUUUUGCAUUUCAUAAAGUUUCUUCUCCAAAAACAAAUAUAAUAAAAUAAAAAUAUUCCCUUAUUUCAAAAAUAGUACUACAAGAUUUAUUAAAAAGUUGUCAAUGGAUGAUAACAUGGUAAUCUCAUCAUCUUCUUCAUCAUCUCUGAUAUCAACAACUCCAUUAACACAACAACAAAAACUUGAGUUUUUACUGCAAAACCAGCAACAGUGGUGGAAUUAUGCCAUUUUUUGGCAAACUUCUACUAACAACGUUGACAACAGUAGUAUUUCUCUUGUUUGGGGUGAGGGCCAUUUUCAUGGUAUGAAAAGCCCAUCAAGUAAGCCCAAAAAAAAGCCCAACUUGUUUGUUCAAGUUGAAGAUGAGUUAGAUGAAGGAGUUUCUUCAAUGGAUGACGUUGUUGUGACGGAUGCUGAGUGGUUCUAUAUGACGUCACCUCCUCGUUCUUACCCUCUAAAGCAAAGAAAUGGUGGAAGUGGGCCUGGAAAUACUCUAGCUAAGGCUUAUACUACUGGUUCUUUGGUUUGGUUAAGUGGGGCCCAUUAUCUUCGUUUGUAUAACUGUGAACGGGCCAAAGAAGCCCAUUCACAUGGGCUUCAAACCCUUGUGUGCAUACCCGUACCUAAUGGGGUUCUUGAGUUGGGCUCGGUGGAGUCAUUUGAGGAGAAUUGGGCUUUAAUUCAGCAAGCCCAUUCUCUUUUCGGGCCCUUGAGUAAUCUCGAUCAUUUGGGCCUCGACAAGCCCGAUUUUGGCAUUGAUAAAGGUUUUUCUUUAUACGAACCGGGCUUGUUUGGUGGUACUAGUACUACCCAUCAAGCCCAAACCCAAGCCCAAACCCAAGCCCAACCCGACUUGAUGAGCUCGUUCGAGGAUUUUGACUCAGACGGGCCCGUAAGUCGUCAGAGGGUUGUGAGGAAGAGAGGUAGACGACCUAUCACGUCUCGUGAAGGUCAAGUUGUAACAAUGAACCACGUGGAAGCGGAACGACAAAGGAGAGAGAAAAUGAAUAGCCGAUUUUAUGCUCUACGUUCAGUUGUACCAACCGUAACAAGGAUGGAUAAGGCGUCUUUAUUAGCUGAUGCAGUGGCUUAUAUCAAUGAUUUAAAAAAUAAAAUUAGUUCCCUUGAGUUACAAUUUCAGGUAACAAAUAAUGAUCAUAAUACAUUAAUGAGUAGUUCAAGUGGAAUUAGCAACAUUAAUAUUCAUAAUAAUGUUGUUAAUAGUAGAAUACCACUUGACGUUGAGGUUAGGGUUUUGGGGAACGAGGCAAUGAUUAGGGUUCAAAGUGAGAAUGUUAAUCAUCCAUCUGCAAGGUUAAUGAAUGUGUUUAAGCAACUUAAUUUGCAAGUUCAUCAUGCAAGUGUUUCCACUGUUGAACAAAUGAUGCUUCAAGAUGUUGUCAUUGCUAAGGUUCCACAAGAGUUAAGAAGUGGUAGUUUACUCAAAGCUGCUAUCAGGAGAAGUUUUGAGCAAUAGUGUUUUUAGUCUUAUUAUCCGUCUAUGAUGGAACACGUUUUUCCUACAUUGCAUUAAUGGUAAGUACGUGGACGAUUAGUCUAAGCAUUACUGUUUAAAAUGAAUUAUAGUCAUAUUUUUCUGCUACUAUCUUGUAUCUUAAUCCAAAAUUUCAAAUGAUCAUCUGUCUCGUAAAUUAUGUACCACUUUUUUCUAUUGUUUGAGUAUUAUGUACCUUAUAACUUGUCAUACUACAAUUUGUGUGAUAGAGUCAAGCGGUAAUAUUUAGUGCUAUGUA